AUGUCCCCGAUUCAAGUUCCAAAACCAAACACCGACACCAUGGGACAAGAUAUCCAAAUUCCGAAAAGAUUGAGCAAUGGCUUCGGUCUUGUGUACAAGCGAACUGUUCAAGUGAUGGUGAUUUCGAUGGUUAUUUUCUUUGCACCUUUGUCAUUCACGUACUUCUUUGACAAGACACAUACAUCCAACCUGAGCGAUAAGGUUCUCGCCAUCCUAAUAUCCCCAAAGUUUGCAUAUGGGGAGGGCUCGGGCACUAUGUCUGAUGUUAAAGGCGGUCAGAUGGUAGUAUAUUUGCGCAACUUGACAGCCAUGUUCUCUCACACGAUUGCCGGUUCUAUAGCCAUCGUUAUUGGUCUAGUCCAAUUCAACACGACCCUGCAGUUCAAAUACCCAGUGAUCCAUCGAUACCUUGGGAGAUUAUAUUUCCUAUGCGCCAUGACCAUCACUUGGUCCUCGAGGUCUUUUUUAGCUGAUGCUGUGCCGACAAAGGAAGUUUUCUCGGGUGACCCCUUUGCAUAUAUCCUGUCGUCGCUAUCAAUCAGUCUCCCAUUGACUAUGGCCUGUGCCAUAUAUGCCAUUUGGAACCGCGACAUUGGCUCUCACCGAGAAUUCAUGGUCCUCAAUUAUGCAUUCAUGCUAUCAGCUCCAAUCCUAAGAGUGCAAUGGAUAACCCUGGGUCGACUCUGGGGCGAAACCAAGUACAUCGUCAACCUUUAUUCUUCUAUAUUCAGCGGACCAUUCUUAGUCGCAGCCUCCAUAUUCUACCUUCGCCAACGACAUGUCCGCCCUUCGAAUUCGCUCCUGACCAACCCAAAUACCCGCAUAAUAGCAACAGCGAGCGGCUUACUUGGCCUUCUCUUUCUGGCCAUCAAAGGUCCAAGCUUCAACGGAGGACCUCGUCCAAAAGCAUUUUGGUUAGCACUAGGACCACAGCUAAUCUGUUAUAUGGCCUUAUUCACUGCGUUUGCACGUGCUGCAAAACGUCGCGGAGAUAUGCGGUCCUAUACGGCGUGGAUAACUUACCAGAAUGGACUGAUUAGCGCACCGAUGUGGAGUGUGCUUGUCAUGUAUAUGGCUCGGAAUCAUAUGAGCUGUUCGGAGGACAGUUUGGGCUUGAUUACUGUUGCUGGAGGGAUUAGUCAGGGCUUGUUUAUGUCGUUCAUGGUUUAUGUCUUUGCAACUUCGACUUUGGUUAACCCGUAUCGUCGCGCUGUUAAGAGUCGUUGA